AUGAUGCGCCCCCAGAUCCAGACCGUCGGCCGCAUGGCCAGGCCCUCGACGAGACUCGCCUCCGCCGCCCGAUCCCACAUCGCCAACGCCGCCCCGAAAGCGUCGACCCGGUCCCUCGUCACUGCCACGCGGUCCGUCCCCAGCGCAUACGCCGUCUUCUUCGGCGUGUCCUCCUCCUCCCGGUACCGCUCCUUCAGCACCACGCGCAUCCAGCACGGCGAGGUCAUCAUCACCGUGCCCCAGAUGGCCGAGUCCAUCACCGAGGGCACCGUCGCCUCCCUCGGCAAGCAGGUCGGCGACCGCGUCGAGGCCGACGAGGAGGUCGCCAGCAUCGAGACGGACAAGAUCGACGUCGCCGUCAACGCCCCCCAGGAGGGUACCAUCCUCGAGCUCUUCGUCGCCGAGGGCGACACUGUCGAGGUCGGCCAGAAGCUCGCCCGCAUGGAGACCGGCGCCGCGCCCGCCGACGCCGCCGACAAGCCCAAGAAGGCCGACGACGCCAAGCCCGAGCCCAAGUCCGAGCCCGCCGCCGCCGCCGCCGCCGCUCCCGCCCCGGCGCAAGAGCAGAAGAAGGAGCCCGCCCCCGCCCCCAAGCAGGAGACCAAGCCCGCGCCGGCCCCCAAGCCCGCCCCCGCCGCCUCUGAGCAGCAGCAGCCCCAGGCGGCCUCCGGCGCCUUCUCCCGCGGCGAGCGCGUCGAGAAGCUCUCGCGCAUGCGCAAGACCAUCGCCACCAAGCUCAAGCAGUCGCAGAACGCGACGGCCUCGCUGACCACCAUCAACGAGGUCGACAUGUCGGCCCUCAUGGCCUGGCGCGCCCAGAACAAGGAGGCCGUCAUGAAGCGCCACGGCGUGCGCCUCGGCUACAUGGGCGCCUUCACAAAGGCCACCUGCCUCGCCGCCCAGCAGGUGCCCCAGCUCAACGCCGCCAUCGACACGGAGAAGGAGAUCAUCACCUACCGCGACUACGUCGACAUCAGCAUCGCCGUCAGCGCCCCCAAGGGCCUCGUCACCCCCGUCCUGCGCAACGUCGACGCCCUCGACAUCAUCGGCAUCGAGCGCGGCGUCGCCGAGCUGGCUGCCAAGGCCCGCGACGGCAAGCUCGCCAUGGCCGACCUCGAGGGCGGCAACUUCUCCAUCAGCAACCCCGGCGUCUUCGGCUCCAUGUUCGGCACCCCCGUCAUCAACUACCCCCAGGCCGCCGUCUUCAACAUGAACGGCAUCAAGGACCGCCCAGUCGUCGUCGACGGCAAGCUCGAGAUCCGCCCCAUGAUGUACAUCACCGUCACCUACGACCACCGCCUCAUCGACGGCCGCGAGGCCGUCACCUUCCUCAACCUCGUCAAGAGGUAUAUCGAGGACCCCGCCAGCCUCCUGCUGGCUUAA